GUACACAAAAGCCCGGAGAUAUAAACUGUGACGUUGCUCAAGCAGUAUGUUGGAUAAAAUCAACUACGAGGCGAUCCACUUGUCAUCAACACCAUGGAAGGCUAUUCGUUACAUUUUAUUGUUUUUAAUAAUUGAGGCUGUAACUGUUGCCUACGGAGUCAUAGUAUUCAUUCUGUUAUAUCAUAUUUGCAUUCCUACUGUUGAACUGGAAAGAACAUUGAAUUUAGUGUUUGAUACUAAUUGCAAUGUUCAAAUGGAGUAUUCCAACAUUUGCAGCUUUCCUACCGCUAAUUUUUCGAUUUCUGAAGGUGGAGUACCCUUGUUAACUCCUAAAUAUCCUUACAUGCUCUUGUUGGAUAUGUGGCUUCCAGAUUCAGUUCAUAAUCGAAAUGCAGGCAUGAGUAUUAUAACCUUGGAACUGUAUGGUCGGGAUGGUGUUCUUUUGAAACAGUUCAGAAAACCGUUCUCUCUGCCUUAUCGUUCCGACGAAGUUCGAAAGAUCAGUAAUAUUCUUUUUGCACCAUUGUAUAUACUUGGUAAAAUGAAAGAAGAAAUACCAUUGGAGAUUGAAAUGUCGUCUACUUUCCAAUUGGAUAUGGUUCAGCCAGUCUUGGAGGGUCGCGUCAUUUUGGAAUCCAAACGCUAUUUAUGGUCAUCCUUGGCUCUUAAAAUACAAACUGCAUUAAGCGGUCUAUCUAACAUUCUCUACUACUAUCCACAAAUUUCCUUCCUAGUCACAGUUUCUGCAGUGAUACUACUUAUGAACAUGAUUUAUGUGACACUUGUGAUUAUAUGUCUUUUCUGGGGAUUUUUUAAUAAAAUGGACAUUAUUGAGGUCCCGGAACCAGAAGACGAUCGGAAUAAGGAGGACCAACUACAUGGAGAAAUUAGACCAGAGGACAUUUCUUUAUGAAAACUUGCCAUAGUUGUGAGAGCCUAUAUACUUACCCAAGUGAAAAUAAUUCGUCUUUCAUACAUAAUUUUUACUCUAAUUGAAGAAAGUGUUCCAUUUAACAUAACUCAUAGUUUAUUAUUGUAUUUUCAAGCUGGUAUUUUGCUAUGAAGAUGUUUUGCUGCUUGAAUUAUUUUACUCGGAAUAUACUUCUUUUAGUCAAUAAUAAAUAUCUUAUUUGUUUGUAU